AUGAGCACAAAAGAAGAAGUAGUUGCUCUUGUCCCUUUUGGAACACUGACUGCAGUGGUGUUUUAGAGCUCCUUGGUAACUAUACCCUUCUCUCAGAAUGGGGAAAAAGUGUGAUCUCAGUGAUUUCGAACGUGGCAUGAUUGUUGGUGCAAGACGGGCUGGUUUGAGUAUUUCUGUAACUGCUGAUCUCCUGGGAUUUUCACGCACAACAGUCUCAAGAGUUUACUCAACAUCCAGUGAGCCGCAGUUCUGCGGACGUAAACGCCUUGAUGAGAGAGGUCAACAGAGAAUGGCCAGACUGGUUCGAGCAGACAGAAAGGCUACGGACCUUAAAGAAAAGAAACAGGUUGAGGAGACCGAAAAUGGAAAGGAUGCGACAGCUAAUGGAAAUGCAGAAAAUGAAGAAAAUGGUGAUCAAGAAAAUGAAGUAGAUGAGAAAGAAGAGGAUGUCGGUGAGGAAGAGGUUGAGGAAGAUGAUGAAGGUGGUGAUGAUGAUGUUGAAGAUGAUGAGGCUGAGGGUGGCACAGGCAAAAGAGCGGCUGAGGAGGAGGAUGAUAAUGAUGAUGAUAAAGAUGAUGUUGAAACUAAGAAGCAGAAGACCGAAGUGUAAGAUGCUACUCUGCUGGAAAUCCUCUCAUCCCUCCUUUCCUCAGCUUGUCCUCUGGGGGAGGAAAAAUGUAGUAAUUAUCAAGUCCAGCAUCCGUGUACACACACCUAACUGCAGAUUUUGUAGAAACAACCAAGACUUCAAAGCUCUACCUUCUUACAAAAUACUUUGAAAGGAAAACAUUUUUGUAUUUUUAUUUACAUUUUUGUACAUAUUUUUAGGAGGUCAGCCAUUUUUGUCCGUGAUCUCUGGUUACCAAAUGGUGCUUUGAGUUGUUGCUUCCCUAUGAAAUAGAUUUUACUUGUGGUUUGAACAUGUCAUGUAAUCUAUAAAAAAACUUGUAAAAAAAAGAAGAAAAAAAUGUGAAAAGAAAAAUUACGGAAAACCAUACAAAAAGAAAAUAAUUCAAAGCAUUCCAGUAACUUUGUGUAUGUACAUCAGUUAUAUCAAAUGUAGUAAAUUGCUAUCUAUUUGUGGCCUGUUUGAUGUAUAUGUGAAAUUUGUUGUGCGACAAUAAACAAGAAUUUAUUUUGUGA